AAAACUACGGAGAUAGAGACUCUGGAGAAGGUGGUGAAUGAUCUUCUGAUGGAACUGAGGAAAACCUUAGAGGAAAUUGGACGGAUUGAGACGCAGAUCGCACAGAGACACCAUUUUCGUCUUUCCAAAGAAGCUUCUAGCAGAAUGCUUGAUUUGUCGCUCCUGCUGUUUGUCGGAGUCAUUAAACCGUUUUCUAGACCUUUUUUCAAUCAAAGAGCUGAACUCCUCGAUCAGUGGUCAAUCCUGAAAAGCCAGCAGCACAACAUCCAAGCGAGGCUGACUGAUGCUCAGCUAAAUUUGACAAACAUGAAGGCACAGAAUGGUUUGAAAAAUAUAACCCAUCUGAGUGAAGUCCACAAGUGGCUUUAUCAAAUCCAACAAUCUCUAAUUCAGCAUAAUGUGUUCUGGAAAUCAGUACAAGUAAUUCUGGAGGCUAUCAAUGACGAGACCUUUGCCAAAGAGCACUUCAUUGGGGAUAGUGAAUUAAAGGAGAUUUUUCUGACGAAUAUUGAUUCAGCACAAGAGCACUGGAAAGCUUUUGGUGAAUCCUGCCUGAAGGCACUGAACAUCUACAGCUUGCAGGAUAAGGAUGCAUAUAAGUUCCUGGACAGGAGCUCAUCUUUUCUGCCUGACACUAUCGAUGAGGAGAUAAACAUAUUAGAUCCUCGCGUCCCUCUCCAUCCACGUUUUUAUAAUCUAUAAUAAUCAGGCUUUGUCCUACAUUGGAACACGCGUGUCUUAUAAUAAUUCUGGUUCGCCAAAAAAAUGUUUUAGUUAAAACAUUACAGUAAAUAAAGUUGGCAAAAUGUAUAAUGCAUACAAAUUAGUGCUGUCAAAUGCUUAAUAAAAUAAAAUAAA